CUGGCCAACCUGGCCCCUAGCCCAACUGCGGCAAAAGUUGGUUUACUUUGCUAGAGUGCACUAACUUUGCUUGUAAGAAAAGCUUUAUAAAAGUCCAGCGGUGUUGGAACUCUACGUGUGUCUAAUGAUUCUUCAAAUUUAAUAUGUGGUAUCAACGUCCUGAUUCGCCAUGCGUCUGCCCAUCGUGCGAGUAGGAAACGUAAUGAUAGUAAUACGUAGGACCGAGGAAGGAAUUUAUUAACUACAUAUGUGUCUUCGCGCCAUGGACAAGAAAGGACAAUCUAUGACUAGUGAAGAAAUGGAAAGAGCGAUACUUCAGCCUUAUUAUUACAUUGUCAAAAUUCCAGGAAAGCAAAUAAGGACCAAGCUAGCACAGUAAGGCCUGAUCAGACAUGGAUCCUGAUUUUCUCCAAGGAAAGGUCUCCAAUAAUGAAGUGUACCAGACAAGUUGCUCUGGUGUAUGGUCAACAAACUAUGUGAGGAAAAUUUUUAGCAAGUCAGGAUGCCAGGUCAGGACUCCUGGGUCCUCACUAUGGUGUCGUCAUCCUACACUAUGGACAAUCAAGAUUCCCGCACCCCUACUUUUCCUCACAUCCAUAAACUGCCCGCAUAAUGUAGGCCUUCAAUUAUUGGCUGAAGAUAUCCCCUGAAAAAUGUCAAGCUGUUACAGAGAUUGUUCAAAUGCUCCACAAUUCUAGUCUCCUGAUUGAUGACAUUGAGGAUAACUCCUUGCUUCGAAGAGGUGUGCCUGUCGCUCAUCACAUCUUUGGAGUGGCCAGCACCAUAAACUCUGCUAACUAUGUUUACUUCCUCAGUCUUGAGAAAUGUCUACAGCUCGGUGAUCCUCGGGCCACCACUGUUUUUACUGAACAGUGCCUAGAACUUCACCGUGGUCAAGGCAUGGAAAUUUACUGGAGGGACAACUACAUCUGCCCUUCAGAGGAUGACUAUAUCACGAUGGUUAAACGAAAAACUGGAGGCCUUUUUGGACUGGCUGUGCGGCUUAUGCAACUUUUCAGUGAAAACAAGAGUGAUUUCAGUGAAUUGAUUGGUACCUUAGGACUGUACUUCCAAAUAAGGGAUGAUUAUGCCAACCUGGUUCUAAAAGAGUAUACAGAUAACAAGAGCUUUGCAGAGGAUCUCACGGAGGGAAAGUUUUCAUUUCCCAUUAUCCAUGCUAUCCAGAAGCACCCAGAAGACCCUCGGAUGAUGAGUAUCCUUGCUCCGCCAGAGGAAAUGUUGGGCCGUUGGUCUUGGGGGAGUUGGCCCAUAGCUACACAAGUAGGAGCAGCACCGAAAAAGCAUAUACCAAGGAGAGCUGGAAGCGAUGACAUAGUAAAGAAGCGAACCAAAGACUUGGAAAUCAAGAAGUAUGCUGUGGAUGUCCUUGAGAAGUUGGGUUCGUUUGCCUACACCAGGGAAAUCUUACAGAAGCUGGAUGCAGAAGCACGGAGGGAAGCUGAAAAGCUUGGAGGCAAUCCUUACAUAGUUCAAGUUCUUGAUGAGCUUAAGAACUGGUGAAGGUCAUUUGAGCCGAGUGCAUCCUGCGUGCAUUUGUGACAUCGUCACCAUAUGCCCUCUGCACUUAAGUGUCACCACACUCCUGUCUUCAAAGGUACUCUGCAUGCGCACAGGUGACAUUAUUGCAGCAUACACAUUCAAAUCAUGCAAAUACUAGUCUGUGCACCUACAUCUAUGCACAAGGAGGUGCCAUCUUUAUUGCUUACAAUGAAGCAGCUUGCAGCCAUUUAAUGAAGUUUGGAACUGAUUUACAUAUGCUGUAAUUAUUCAUUAAAAAGACUUUAUUUCUUAAUUGCAGUGUCAUAAAAACAGGUUAUUUUUUAUGUGUUGCCAGUUAUCUGCCAAAAAGCGAUAGAGAAUGCAGUGGUCCGGAAAGGUUGCUUUAAUUUUUACUUCUUUUGUGUAUUCCAACGUGCAGACUUCAAGUGAAUUCACCCACUUUUUAAAUUGACCAUAAGUUGUUAUUUUAGUGUUUAUUUUUUUAUUGUUACUUGGAAAUAAAUGUGCAACUAUGU